CUUCUACAUCAUUGAACCUCUGCAGAUAUCAAUUGAGCACUUUUGCCAACUCUCCACUCCUUCGACGCCAACACGAUGAACACGGCAAGACUCAUGAGGCUACAGCCUCUUCGGGCAGCUGCCUUCAAGCAGCCGGCUUUCCGACAGCCAGCUCUGCGCCAGACCCCUCUCAGACAAGCCAGACCCUUCCACAACUCCAGGGCGAUGUUUAGAACAAAGGAGGAUGACCAAAGCGCACACACCAUCACCCAAAGACUUCGCAGUCUCAAGAGGAUUCCUCCGGAAUUGAUCCCUCUUGGUGUUGUCAUCCUCUUCGCUGUCUUCGCUGCUGUCUUCGCCAUGACCAGAAAGCUCAUGACAGACAAAACCCUGCGGUUGCACAAGUCUUCUCCCAAACAACAUUGAGGAAGACAAGCCAAAAGCGAGAACGACGAGUCCUGUACUAAGUGAAGAGAGAGACAAGAGCAUCAACAUUGCCGAAUAUGACGAGGUCCAUACCGUAUGGAAGUGUAUAUAUCGAAUCAGAAUGCCAACGGUGAUCUCCUUGAGACAUGUAUUUGCUCAAUCCGGUCCCUGGUGUUUCCUCUCA